AUUUACAUUGACUUGCGCAUGCGCAGUUAACGUAGGAAAUAAAUAGAGACAAAAAGUUGAUUAUUUACUGAAUCAAGCAACAAAUGUAAUUUUUAUGAGCUAAGGGAGUACAACGACAAAGUCCUACAAAUGAUAUGAUAUGAUAAUUAGAAUAGAAAGGUAACACACCAUACAUAGAGACAAUAUGGUUGACAUGGCAACUGUAACAUGGAUAAUGCUGGUACUACUUUCUCUGGUGCUGCACACGUUUGCUCAAACUACAGUUGCUAACAGUUUUGGUACAAACUGUACAGAUCCUGAAGAUUUUCAUAAUGGAAUCUGGAUGGAGAAAAGCAGUCCAAAGACAAUACUGUUUAGAUGUCAUAAUGGCUAUGAGUUGAAAGGGCCGGAUAAAUGGAUAUGUUUAAGUAACGGCACAUGGAACCAUCCCCAGAUGCCUACAUGUCAGCUUACAGGUGUAGAGGUUAAACCAGCUUUUGAAACUGUGACAUGUGAGAAACCAUAUGUAAUCAACGGUAACAUAAAGUAUGCAUUCAAUUCUCAAUUCACACCAGGGGAUUCUAUUCUAGUUCAAUGUAAUGAUGAAUAUGCAAUGAAAGUUGACAGUACUUUAGUGAAAAAUCUCAACUUAUACUGUAGUCAGGAUGGGAAGUGGGCUACCAGUGAUGGUUGGAUAAUUAAUCCUCAAUGCUCAGUAAGCCUAUGUGGUAGUCCACCAGAUGUUCCACACAGCAGUAGAGGAGAAUCAUUUGAUGAAUCGCAGGCUAAAAUGCAGGUUGUUGAAGGACAGGGGAUAUAUUACACAUGUAAUUCGGGCUAUACUAUGGUGGAUAGUACUGCAAAUCAUUUAGUCUGCAUAAAUGGAGAAUGGCAGGGAAACUUGCCAACAUGUAUAUCACUUGAAAAGUGUCCAGAACCAGAUGAUAUAAGUCAUGGAGGUUUUAAAGUAGAUGGUGUUGAUUUCAAUGAUCUUACUCAUUUUAAGUUGAGCACUAUUGUACAUUACACAUGUAGUGAAGGUUAUAAAAUGAUCGGUCCUUCCAGUAUUGAGUGUUUAGAGGGGGCUAGGUGGUCCCAUCAUCCCCCACAAUGCGUUCCCCUACAAGAGGAAAGCAAGUAUUGUCGAAGCAUCAAAGCUAUUAACAAUGGGCGUUGCUUCUGUGAGUCAAAGAGUGAUUUGCAGUACUGUGAACCGUUCUUCCCAGGUAUGCAUGUAGAAUGUGUCUGUAAAGAGGGAUACAAGCUUAUAGGUCAGUCUAUUGUUACAUGUAAAUCUGAUGGACACUGGGACUAUUCAAUGCCAUCUUGUGUUCAAGAUAUGGAAAUCAACGAUAACAAAUCCAAUGGUUCUGGAGGUAGUCAAUCACACAUGAGUACUUUAGCCAUUGUUGUUGCCACAGCUUGCAGUGUUCUUGGUGUUCUACUUUUGAUUAUGGUGAUAAUGGUGUUCAGGCGUAGAAAACCCCACCCACCUCGAUUAUGCCGACCGUCCUCUGUUCCCCCACCGUAUUCUCGUGUUCAUAGCAAUUCACUGGAUGAGCAAGAUCGUAUGUUACUCAUCGGCUAUGAUAACGCCCAAGUAGCUUUACCAUCAUAUGAAGAGGCUGUCAGGGGAAAUAACCAGCAUAAUCUUGGACAGCAGAGGUCAGGACAAGUUGGAGAAUAUCGCCCAUUACCAAGCAUUCCAACUAAUUUUCGUGCAGGACAAAUGCACAGUGGUGAAGCAUCUAGUAGACAUUCUAUAAUAACCACAAGUACAAUGAAUAGAGAUGGUAUAUCAGAAGUGUUUGGUUCUAUUGACACUGUGAACGUGAGCAUGAGUGAUGCAUCAACGGCUGUAACUAUAGAAACCUGUGAUAGUGCAUCAUCGCAUCAUUCCAAUGUGUCACGACGGGCAACUGCAGGCAGUAUCAACUCAUCUAAUAAUAGUUUAGUAACUGAAGACGUCCCAUUGUUGGAAAGUAACCAAAGAAAUGAUGAUAUAGAUUCUGUAGAAGAUGGUGAAGUACAAGAUAAACCUGAUAAUUGAUGAUAAACAUGUUAGAUAAACCAUAGAUGAUUAACAGAUAAGACUUCUUUGUUAUAAUAGUGCUGUUAUAUAAAAGUUGGAUGGAACUAUACUUUAUAAACCAGACAUGACCUGCUGACAUGUCAAGACUACUUCAUGGAGGAUAAACCAUAAAUGAUAAACAUGUGUACUAAGUUUAUCAUUCAACAUGUAGUGCUGAUAGACUGUGAGAGAAUGAACAUUGGAGUCAAUUUAUAGAUUAAAUAGUGUAUGGUAUAAGCAAAACUCAUUUUGCUUGGAAGGUUAACUUUCUUUCAACUUUUAAACAAGAUAUGAUAAACAGACCUGGAAGGCACUUUACUUGGUGAUAAACACAUACUGGUUAAAUUGUCAAGUGUCCAAGGGUUAUUAUAUUGUGCAAUGACAAACUAAACAGCUGAUUCUAAACAUUACACUCAAAGUACUGCUUUAAUGUGCUAAAUUAAUCAAAUUAUACAUGUAUAUGAUAUAUAGAUGUGAUAAACCUUCAAUAAAGUGAUAAACAUGUGAUCUAGAAUAAGAGGGUACCCUCUAUAAUGGCAAAAGAUACACCAAAUAUUUAGUUGAUAAAAAUGCUGAAUCAUGAAAAUAUUUUUAAUUGAUAAACUUGAAAAACAUACUGAUAGUGUUGGAAAAAAGCUAUGCUAUGAAUUAUAAUGGACAGUUUAAUUUACUAUGUUCUGACACCAGACACCAAAGAAUUUAAAAGAAAAGGAAAGAAAUGUAGUGUUAAUAUUUUAUAUGAUUAAUAUCUGUUCACAUUGUAUGAGAAUGUCCUAUAAAUUAAGAUAAAUUUAUACUGUAAUAAUACACCAUUAGGAUGACGGUUCAUAUAAAUUUUUGUAUAUAUUUAUAUUGGUCAACUUGUAGCUGUUCCAUCAUUUCAUUCCAUAGUGCUGACAGGCUUUUACAUGUAUGAGUAUAUAGAGUGUUUUUUAAUCCCAUACCUACUGUGAAACUAAAUUGUGAUGCUUGGAAUCUGGGACUGUUCAGACUUUAGUUAUUGAAUUACAAUAUCAAAAUGAUAAAUUGAACGACAAUUCUAUAUAAAGUUUGACCAGACUUCCUGGAUAUAGAGACAGGCUUUAUGCUUGUGGCAUAAUCAAGCUUAGCAUAGUCAUUAUACUUCAGUGGUAAAACUUUAUAUGUACACCCACCCUCCCACCAAUGUAUGAUUUAUACCAUGAAAAAAAUCGUUCAGAUAGGUUUUUGAAAUAAUAGCACUUUUUUCAUUGAAUUUGUAAAAGCUUGUAUGUCAAAGAAAAGUAAGAAAGGAAGUAAUUGUAGCUAAAUGAUAUUGCAAAACUUCAGAUAUAGGGCAUUUGUAGUAUAUAGGUUAGUGCACCUUUUUGGUAGUUAUUGGAAGUAAAGAAUUUUUUUUUUUAAUUUUUGGCCAGAUUAUAUUAUGAAAACGUAAACUGUCUAAAUGAAGCAACUACAUUCAAUUUUUCAAGAUAGAAAUUGAAAAUUAAAAGUCAGACAACUUUUCUCUUCUUUUUUUUUUUUUUUGUGAAAAGCGUUUCAAGUUGAAUGGAAGUUGUGUCCCUUUGACUUUGAAUGAGAUGUUAAAUGUUGAAUAUAAGUCUAAAUAUUGAAACAAUAUUGUUGAUGUUUUGAAUCAUUGUUUAAUAGAUUUACAUUUCUUUAUAUAAUCAUCCCAUCAAGUGUCCAGGGCACUUAACAAAGUUACAGAAAAAUGGGGCACUAAAAGUGGUACUUAUACAUGUAUCAAGCCUAAAAACAUUUCAAGAAGCCAGACAUCCAUAAAUUGUAAGCUAAAAAUCAUAUUUUUUCUAGGGGGUAGUAAAAAUCUGAACAUGCCAUAAACAAAAUGAUAAACUUUCAAGAUUGAAUUAAAUUUGUUUACGAAUUACUUGUUGUCUCAUAUUUUGAUAUAAGUGACUGUUCUUUUGCCGAAUAAAAACAGUUUACGGGGCAGUUACAAGGCCAUUGGCGGUACAUGAUACAAAUACAUUAUAUGCUCACUUUUCAUCUGCUGUACUUUGGUCAGAUUUUGUUUAAUUUAUUAGUAUGAAUGUAUACUUGUAAUUAUGUUUAAUCUGAAAAUGACAACAGGAUAAAAUUGGUAACAUGUUUUUUGGGGUAUGUUUAGCAUUGAUUUAAGAAAAUAAAAGAUAAGUAAGUCUUAUAUUCUCUGAAGCUUUUCUCUUCUUCAAUUAAUUGUCAUUAUGAUGUAGUAUUUGCUAUGAUUGGAUGUGAUUAUAUUGUUUGGUGUUUUAAGACAAUUUUUUAAAAUUGUGAUACGAUUAUUUUUUUGUAACUUUCUUUCAUUAUAAAUUCUUUGAAGUGAUUUUUAAAAAAAAAAAAUU